CGACCAUUUAUACCCGAAUCACGAUUUUUUACGCUGCACAUACUGUACGGUAUAUAAGGCGUACAGAGAUACGGUCUCUUACAGAAUAUACCCGGAGCAGUUUCACAAGAUCAGAGAAAAAGCGGGAAAAGACAAAGACAAUGAAACUUACAAUUCUAUUCAUAACACUGUGUGUAAUCGCGGUUGCACUGGCUGCGCCUCGUGAUAGACAACGAGGCCAAGGCGCCAGACGACAGAAUGUUAAAAACGGUGAAGAGAAAUCUGUAAGCCAAGAUAGUUCACGCGGAGGAAGACGGGGGAAUAAAUUACGUAACGGAGGUGACGAAGAUUCAGACAGUGAUUCUAAAGAUGAGAACGACUCUUCAGAUAGUGAAUCUAAAGACCAGAACGACGCAAGAAGACGCAAGGAUAGAAAUCAAAAACAAGAAAAUUCCAAAGCAGAUGAAGAGUCAGCUGAAACUAAACGGCCAACAAGGAAGACAACUACUAAGGCGCCACCUGCCGGUGAUGAUGGUGCAGAGACCCCCAACGGUGAUGAUGGUCAAGAGACCCCCAACGGUGAUGAUGGUCAAGAGACACCCAACGGUGAUGAUGGUCAAGCGACACCCAACGGUGAUGAUGGUCAAGAGACCCCUAAAGGCGAUGAUGGUGCAGAGACCCCUACUGGCGGUGAUGGUGCGGCACCAGGUACAGGAGGCGGAGAUGGUAAAGUGCCACCAUCCGGGGGAAACGACGACCAGGUUGUUCCACCUGAAAACAACGGCGAAGAGGCACCACUCAGAAAAUAGAGGUCUAAUAAAUGAACAAAUAACUGUAAAAGAAGAUAAUUGUCAUCAAAUCACAUUACAUGCAUUGACAAUGUACAAACAGUUAACCAUACAAUUCUUAGAAGAUUUGGGUUUUAUUUACACAGUAUUAUUGUAGAUAACAAAUUAGACUAUUCUGAUUUUAAUAAAUGAUAACAUCAUGGUAA